AUCCGUAAAUGUUACCGAAACACAGGGGCACGGGGACACGCUGCUGCCAACCCUUCCCAUGCUGUGCCCGACGAGCUCCUCCGCGCGCCCCUCGCAGCUGCCACACGACGGGCACAGCCGGGACUCGAGCCCGGCCCCCGCUCGCCUCCCGCCCGCCCUCCCCGGGCCCGGAAGCGCACGGCGGCCGCCCCAGAGGGCCCGGCCCGGACCGAGAGCCGCCACGGGAGCCGCUCGCAGCGCCGCGGCCGCCGCCGCCCGCCCGCCGCCUCCGGGGCAGCCCCCGGCCCCGCAGCUGACGCCGCUGGAGAGGCGCAUCGUGGAGCUGCACCGGGAGGCGGCUGCGGCAGGCCGGCAGACCUACGUGGACCCGGCCACGGGCUACCAGGUGCUCACCGAGGUCGCCCACUUGCGGAGAGGUAAAUGCUGCGGCUCUGCGUGCAGACACUGUCCAUAUGAGCAAGUUAACGUAAAAGACCAGUCGAAAAAGAAGCGCUUCAACUCUUUUUUCUAUGUGUGACCAUGGACUCCUUUGCACUCGGCAGGAACGGCUGCAGGACCUGAGCACACCUUGUAGCUCCGAGUGGCUGCCACCGCCAGCACACUGCCAUGUGAAAGCCAUGCGCUUUCAUUGCAAUAAAGCACAAACGGAACCGUG